AUGCGCUAUAAAUAUAGUGGCGUGAAGGUAGAAGCUGCAGUUUGGAAAAUGGAGGGCGCCAUCAUCAGCUUGACCGAGGGCGCCGUGCGCGGCCUCCUGUGCAAGCUCGGCGGUCUCCUCGCGCAGGAGAGCUGGCCGGUGCAGCGCCUCCACGGCGAGGUCCAGUACAUCAAGGACGAGCUCGAGAGCAUGACGGCCUUCCUCCGCAGCCUGGCCGAGUCGUCCGACGGCCACGACGACCAGGUCCGGGUCUGGGUGAAGCAGGUGAGGGAGAUCGCCUACGACGCCGAGGACUGCAUCGACGACUACGUCCGCGGCCAGCAGCCUUUCGACAAAGACGGCGGCGCCGUCAUGGCGUCCCUCCGACGCUUCGUGCGUCUGCUCGCCACGCUAGGAUCAGGCGGUGGUCGCCGUCACCGGCGCAUGGCGGCCCAGCUCCAAGAACUGAAGACUCGCGCCAGGGACGCCGGCGAGCGGCGUUCCAGGUACGGGGUGCUACCGCCAAAGACGGCGCUCGGGCGUGCCAGCAGCCACGCGUCUGGCUCCGGCGUCUCCGGCCGCCUGGACCCGCGGCUGCCCGCCCUCUUCACCGAGGAGGCGCAGCUGGUGGGCAUCGACGGGCCAAGGGACGAGCUCGUCGGCUGGCUGAUGGAGGACGACGCGAGGCUCCGGGUGCUCGCCGUCGUCGGGUUCGGUGGGCUCGGCAAGACCACGCUGGCGAGGAUGGUGUGCGGGAGCCCGCGAGUGAAGGGCGCCGACUUCCAGUGCUCCCCGUUGCUCAUCGUCUCGCAGACGCUAAACGUCAGGGCGCUGUUCCUGCACAUGCUCAGGGAACUGACCCAGCGGCCCCGCUUGGCUGCCGGCGACGAUACCAUGGAUGUAAGCUUGCACGGGAUGGAGAACUGGGAAACGGCGCUGCUGGCCAGCAAGCUCAGGCGCUACCUGCAAGACAAAAGGUACAUCGUGAUUCUCGAUGACAUAUGGACUUCGUCGGCAUGGGAGAACAUCAGAUGUGUGUUUCCUGACAAUGAAAAAGGAAGCAGGAUUAUAGUAACCACUAGGAACGGGGAUGUCGCUAAUACAUGUUGUUGUCAUUCCCAAGAUCGGAUUUACAAAAUCCAACGCCUAUCUGAGAUUGCAUCACGCGAGCUAUUCUUCAAGAGGAUCUUUGGCUUAGUAGAUGGAUUGCCCAACAAUGAGUUGGAGGAAGUUUCAAAUGCCAUACUCAAGAAAUGUGGAGGCUUACCAUUAGCAAUAGUCAGCAUUGGUAGCCUUCUCGCUAGCAAACCAAACAGAACCAAACAAGAGUGGCAGAAGGUUUCUGAUAACUUGGGCUCUGAACUUGAAUUAAAUCCUACACUUGAAGGGACAAAGCAAGUCUUAUCUUUGAGUUACAAUGAUCUGCCAUACCAUCUGAAGGCUUGCUUCUUGUAUCUAAGUAUAUUUCUUCAAAAUUAUGUGAUCAAGAGGGGACCUUUGCUGAGAAUGUGGAUAGCCGAAGGAUUUAUCACCCCAAAACAUGGACUUAGUAUGGAGGAGGUUGCUGAAAGAUACUUUGACGAGUUCGUAGCCAGAAGCAUGGUGCAUCCUGUGAAAAUUGAUUGGAGUGGCAAGGUGAGAAGUUGUCGAGUUCAUGAUAUAAUGGUUGAGGUCAUCAUGUCCAAGUCACUUGAGGAGAACUUCGCAUCAUACUUCUGUGAAAAUGGAACCACACUGGAUUCCCAUGACAAAAUACGCCGCCUCUCAUUCCAGAGCAGCAGGCACUCAGUGCAGAGAACAAACGCUAGUGUAGCUCAUGUUCGCACGUUUAGAAUGUCACCUUCCAUGGAGGAAAUCCCAUUCUUCUUCGCACAUUUGAGGUUGUUAAGAGUGUUGGAUAUGCAAGGCAGCAGCUGCUUGAGUAACAAGGAUCUAGACUGCAUCUGUUGUUUUUUCCAGCUGAAUUAUCUAAGCCUCAGAAAUACCAAUAUUUCCAAAUUGCCGAGAUUCAUAGGCCAUCUAAAUUACUUGGAGACACUAGAUAUCAGAGAAACACUUAUUAAGAAGCUACCAGGUAGUGCCAAGAGCCUGGCACAUCUGAAGCAUUUGCUAGUUGGGCAUAAGACACAUCUUACUAGGACAGGUAGUGUGAAGUUCUUCAAAGGAUUCUGUGGCCUAGAAAUGACACCUGGGGUUCUCAUGAACAUGACAUCCCUUCAAUCAUUAUGCCAUAUAGAGAUAAAAAGGGACCCAUCCGUGUUCCAGGAGAUAAGCAAGUUAAGAAAUCUAAAGAAGUUGAACAUUCUCUUCCAUGAGGUAGAGGUGAACUGGAAACCUUGUGUGGAAUCAUUAAGCAAUUUGUCGGGCUCUGUGCGCUCGCUUUCCAUCAAAAUAUUUGAUGGAGAUGGAAGCAUCUCAUCGGAGGAAAUGUUAUCUUCGGUGGAGUCACCUCCUCUCUUGGUCACCAGCUUUGGCCUGACGGGCAAGCUGGAGCGCUUACCUCGAUGGGUGGCAUCACUUAGAAACGUCUCGACGUUUACUCUUCGCAAGAACGGGCUGCGGGCCGACGCCAUAGAUGUCCUUGGAGACUUGCCAAGUCUGCUCUGCCUCAAGCUGUAUCACAAAUCAUAUGCCGAUGACUGCCUCAUAUUCCCACGCGGUAAAUUUUUGAAAGUCAAGCUGUUGGUUAUUGACAACCUAGAGAACAUUGACAAGGUGUGCUUCGAGGAUGGUUCGGUGCCAUGUCUUGAGAGGCUUACGUUGUCAUUCCUGAGGGAGCCCAAGUAUGGGAUCUCUGGUCUUGAUAAUCUUCUGAAGCUGAGGGAGAUAGAGUUCUUUGGUAACAUCAUACUAUCCCUGGUGACUAAAGUGACAUCGUCCGUGAAGACACAUCCAAAUCAUCCAAGAGUAAUAGGUGACAAAUGGAAUAUUGUGACUGAGUAUUCUUAG